AUGGUGCGAACUGUACCGUACUUCGUACUCGUGUUAAUGUUACUGCAAAUCGCAACAGCCUUCGUAUUCAACGAGUCAUUAAUAGAUGAUUAUGAAAAUAAACUAAAAGACAACAAGUUGAACUUAAUAGAAACAAGACGGCAGAACAGGAAGAAAUCGGUGUCCACUUCAUCAUCAGGGAAAACGGGGGAUAACAAUGGGAAGGGCGGUCCAGGUGAUUCCGAAUCGUUAGAACAAUCAUUGACAGAGGAAACUUCUUCGUCAUCUCAAAUAAUAAAACCACGAAAAAAGAAAGAUCGCACACCGAAGUCAACUAUCGAACGGAAAGGAUGGCAAAAAUGGCAUCGUAAAUGUACAAAAUGUCCGGCGGAUAUGCUUAAAAAAUGGCGCGAUCCCUCAAUCAAGUGGAUCUGUGGAGCGUACCAGCGAGCCAGGAGGACCUUCAAGAGUCUCUGCAUGAUGCACUACAGGAACUGCCAGGAUGGUACUAUGUUCACCAAGAUAGCGGAUCAUCGCUGUCCAAACGGCAGUGGUCAAGUUCGACCGUACAACAUGCACUUCUUCUACGACUACAAAGUAGUUCUGACUGCAGAAACAUCAGAUUCUCGUACAGCGCAGACGAGUGUGGAGCAGCAAGACUCAUCUUCCUGGGACACGUCGCGCGUAGCCAAGUUACCACCAAUAUGA